UCCACACAAGCACCUGUGAGCUUUUAUUCUGAAGGUCUGCCCUCCCUAACCUGUACCACAGAGCUUCACUUUUAUUCUGGAGCCUGUGGAGACAGACGUGUGUUCGAUCCCUCUGCUCAGCCGUGGACCGAGUCUCCCUCCCCGGUGUCUUCAUGGAGAGGAGGCUGAGCAGUGCGAGCCCACCCUGGCUGUGGCUCCAGCAGCGACCACCCCGGGACCGGGAUGGCGUUUAGCCGCAUCCGCACCCUGGACCCCCCGUCGCGCAGCAUCCUCCGGAGAUCGGCGGUGAUGCUCGGCUCGCUCCUCGCCUCCCUGCUCCUCCUGCACCUCCUCCCCGACCGCUGCUGCUCCAUCACCCCGGUGUCCUCCUCCUCCUCCUCUUCCUCCUCCUCCGGGCGGCUCCUCCAGGACCUGAGGUCGCUGAGGACCAAGCGGCUGCUGUACGAGUGGACCCCCGGGGAGUCGCUCCUCCUGCCGGCCCCGGAUCUAGUCUCCUCCUCCAGGAAAGUGUCUCCGAGGUUCGCAGGUAAACUGAGUCCGCUCGGGGAGGGGAGCAAGAAGCUUCCGCAGGCUCUGAUCAUCGGGGUGAAGAAGGGAGGCACCCGGGCUCUGCUGGAGUUCCUCCGGGUGCAUCCGGACAUCAGGGCCGUGGGAGCGGAGCCGCACUUCUUCGACCGCAACUACGACAACGGGCUGGAGUGGUACAGGGAGCUGAUGCCCAAGACCCUGGAGGGCCAGAUCACCAUGGAGAAGACCCCCAGCUACUUUGUGACCAGAGAGGUCCCCGCCCGGAUCUCCGCCAUGUCCCGGGACACCAAGCUCAUCGUGGUGGUGAGGGACCCGGUCACCAGGGCGAUCUCCGACUACACACAGACACUGUCCAAGAAGCCCGACAUUCCCUCCUUCGAGAGCCUCACCUUCAAAAACAGGACUACGGGCCUCAUUGACACCUCGUGGAGCGCCAUCCAGAUCGGCAUCUACGCCAAGCACCUGGACAACUGGCUGCAGUACUUCCCCAUGGGCCAGAUCCUGUUCGUGAGCGGCGAGCGGCUGAUCAGCGACCCGGCCGGAGAGCUGGGCCGCGUGCAGGACUUCCUGGGGCUCAAGCGCAUCAUCACGGACAAACACUUUUACUUCAACCAGACCAAGGGUUUCCCAUGCCUGAAGAAGGCCGAGGGCAGCAGCAAGCCCCACUGCCUGGGCAAAACCAAAGGGAGGACCCACCCGAACAUUGACCCCGAGGUGGUGCAGAGGCUCCGGGACUUCUACCGGCCCUUCAACAUGAAGUUCUACCAGAUGACGGGACGUUUCUUCGGCUGGGAUGACUGAAUGGGACACGGAGGACCAUCUGGAAAUACCACGAUGGACGAGUGAGGGCCACUUUCAGAGGGAAAAACUUCUGAGAACAAAUUCGUGACAUUUCAAGAAAUAGCACUGAUAUUUUUUCAAAAAGUUUCAAUUUUAGUUGAAGUACAUUUGGAAA